GCUGCGGCCGGCUCCGGGUAGCCCGGCACCCCAAUCAGCAAGUUGUGCAGCGUCGCGCGCUCCAUCUGGCCCAGCCAUGGACCGGAAGGUGGCCCGAGAAUUUCGGCACAAGGUGGAUUUUCUGAUUGAAAAUGACGCCGAGAAGGACUAUUUCUAUGAUGUGCUGCGCAUGUACCACCAGACCAUGGACGUGGCCGUGUUUGUGGGAGACUUGAAGCUGGUUAUCAAUGAGCCCAACCGCCUGCCCCUCUUUGACGCUAUCAGGCCCCUGAUCCCGCUGAAGCACCAGGUGGAAUACGAUCAACUGACCCCCCGGCGCUCCAGAAAGCUGAAGGAGGUACGUUUAGAUCGUCUGCACCCCGAAGGCCUGGGCCUCAGCGUGCGUGGUGGUCUCGAGUUCGGCUGUGGGCUCUUCAUAUCCCACCUCAUCAAGGGAGGUCAGGCAGACAACGUCGGGCUCCAGGUAGGGGACGAGAUUGUUCGGAUCAAUGGAUAUUCCAUCUCCUCCUGCACCCACGAGGAGGUCAUCAACCUCAUUCGCACCAAGAAGACUGUGUCCAUCAAAGUGAGACACAUCGGCCUGAUCCCUGUGAAGAGCUCUCCGGAUGAGCCCCUCAAAUGGCAGUAUGUGGAUCAGUUUGUGUCAGAAUCUGGGGGCGGGCGGAACAGCCUGGGCUCCCCUGGGAGUCGGGAAAACAAGGAGAAGAAGGUCUUCAUCAGCCUGGUGGGCUCCCGAGGCCUCGGCUGCAGCAUUUCCAGUGGUCCCAUCCAGAAGCCUGGCAUCUUCAUCAGCCAUGUGAAGCCUGGCUCCCUGUCUGCAGAAGUGGGCUUGGAGACAGGAGACCAAAUUGUUGAAGUUAAUGGCAUAGACUUCUCCAACCUGGACCACAAAGAGGCAGUGAACGUGCUGAAGAGUAGCCGCAGCCUGACCAUCUCCAUCGUAGCUGGAGCUGGCCGGGAACUGUUCAUGACCGAGCGGGAGCGGCUGGCGGAGGUGCGGCAGCGUGAACUGCAGCGGCAGGAGCUUCUGAUGCAGAAGCGACUGGCAAUGGAGUCCAACAAGAUCCUCCAGGAGCAGCAGGAGAUGGAGCAGCAGAGAAAAAAGGAAAUUGCCCAGAAGGCAGCAGAGGAAAAUGAGCGAUACCGGAAGGAGAUUGAACAGAUCGUGGAAGAGGAAGAGAAAUUUAAGAAGCAGUGGGAAGAAGACUGGCACCCAAAAGAACAGUUGCUCUCAUCUAAAACCAUCACUGCCGAGGUGCACCCAGUGCCCCUUCGAAAGCCAAAGUCAUUUGGGUGGUUUUAUCGUUAUGAUGGCAAAUUCCCAACCAUCCGGAAGAAAGGAAAAGAUAAGAAGAAAGCCAAGUAUGACAGCCUGCAGGAGUUGAGAAAGAAUAAGAAGGAACUGGAAUUUGAGCAAAAGCUUUACAAAGAGAAAGAGGAAAUGCUGGAAAAGGAAAAGCAACUAAAGAUCAACCGGCUGGCCCAGGAGGUGUCUGAGACAGAGCGGGAAGACCUCGAGGAAUCAGAAAAGAUUCAGUAUUGGGUGGAAAGGCUCUGUCAGACGCGCCUUGAGCAGAUUUCCUCUGCUGAUAAUGAGAUUCCAGAGAUGACCACAGGGCCCCCACCUCCUCUGCCUUCCGUGUCCCCUCUGGCCCCACCUCUGAGACGCUUUGCAGGUGGGCUGCACCUCCACACCACUGACCUGGAUGACAUCCCCUUGGACAUGUUCUACUAUCCCCCCAAGUCUGCCUCUGCCUUACCUGUGAUGCCCCACCCUCCAUCCUCCAACCCACCCCCCAAAGUCUCGGCACCCCCCAUUCUUCCCUCAUCGGGCCAUAUGAGUGCCUCGUCCUCACCCUGGGUGCAACGCACUCCACCCCCCAUCCCCAUCCCUCCUCCACCGUCUAUUCCCACCCAAGACCUCACUCCUACCCGCCCGCUGCCCUCCUCCCUGGAAGAAGCUCUGGGCAGCCAUACCUUCCGUGCUGGGGACACGGGCAGCCCAGCAGAGAACUGGGAGGCAAAGAAGCACAGCGGGAAGACAGCCAAUUCCCCUGUCCCGGAACGAAGCUUUCCACCCACCCCAAAGACAUUUUGCCCAAGCCCACAGCCUCCACGAGGCCCUGGCGUGUCCACCAUCUCCAAACCUGUCAUGGUCCACCAGGAGUCCAAUUUCAUCUACAGGCCACCUGUGAAAUCCGAGGCCCUGCCACAGGAGAUGUUGAAGAGGAUGGUGGUGUAUCAGACAGCCUUCAGACAAGAUUUCCGGAAAUAUGAGGAAGGCUUUGAUCCCUACUCCAUGUUCACCCCCGAGCAGAUCAUAGGAAAGGACGUCCGGCUCCUGCGCAUUAAGAAGGAGGGAUCCUUAGACCUGGCCCUGGAAGGUGGUGUGGACUCCCCGAUCGGGAAGGUGGUCGUCUCAGCUGUUUAUGAGGGGGGAGCCGCUGAGCGCCAUGGUGGCAUUGUGAAAGGGGAUGAGGUGAUGGCAAUCAAUAGCAAAAUCGUGACUGACUACACCCUGGCUGAGGCUGAAGCUACCCUCCUGAAGGCCUGGAAUCACGGGGGAGACUGGAUCGACCUGGUUGUUGCUGUCUGUCCCCCCAAGGAAUAUAACGAUGAACUCUCUUCUCUUCCCUCUUCUGCAGCCGAAAGCCCCCAGCCGGUCCGAAAGCUCCUUGAAGACCGUGCUCCCGUGCAUAGACACGGGCUCCUCCUGCAGCUGGAGCCACAGGACCUUCUUCUGAAGCCUGCAAGGAGAAACCAAAUUCAUCUCUAGUAGCCAAUGAGCUCUGAACCCACCCUCUUAAACAUAAAGACUGGGGCCGGCCCUGAGAGGCACCAACCUGCAAUACCCUGGAAACACACAAUGAGAUUUCAGGCUCACCUUGGCCCUGAACUCGGGCUGGAUAAAGAACACUGGGAGGACAGCAGGGAGGAAGGAGGCAGCCAGCCAUUCUGAAGCGCAUCCCUGGGAUCCAGACUCAUUUCUUUCCUCUGGCGCUGUGGAUUUGGUCUCUCCCAGCCUGGGAGACUCCUCCCUUGAACUCUAAUAGGACCCAACUUUUGGGCUCUCCUCACCCCUUUCCUCUUGCUCCUGUGCUGCUGAGAUUGCUGCCACAACCCUUACUCUGAAUUCAUGAAUAAAACAGAUUUCUU